AUACCGAGCGGCCCACGCGCAUACAUUUUCCUUCCCAUUUAUUUACUUUUUUUUCUAAUUUACACAAAUUUCACCGAAAAAUUAUUUCCGAAACGUAGUGUAGGAAUUAGAGUGCAAGUUAGUGUUAUACUAGGAGAGGAUGCCAAAUAGCAUGCGUGAUUUCCCAUUGAUCAUGUCAUCGACGUGAUAAAAUUUAGUCUUGUAAAAUCGAGCGAUUCUCCACCACUUAUCCGUGUAUCAUUUUGACGUAACUACGCAAUACAUAUCUCAGGGACGCUGAGUGAUCAAGUGAAUGCCAUUGAGUGAGAGAGCAAAAGAGAGAACAUAUUCAACUUGAGUGCCGCGGCAAGUGCAGUUAUAUUCGAUGCCCACUGAGUCUCGUGUUCGUGGUAACAAGUGGAAUGGAUCGGCGAUCAAUUUAUCAGGGAGGACGUGUAGUUUAAUAUCUUUAUUAUCGCUAAUGAGCGAUUGGUGUUGCAAAAAAUAGGAAACAUUUGACAUGCCCAUUUGACAAUAAUUUUAUCUCGCUUUAGUACUCUCGCAACCCUAUUUAUCAGUAUUUCCUAUUAAUAUUUUCUCGGCUGUUGGGUUGAGAAGGCUGCUAGAAAGGAAAAAAAAACAUGACUAAAUGAAUAGAGUUUCAUUACGACAAUCCAACAUAUACAAUGAGAAUCAUUUCGACUGUAUGCCACCGGCAGAUCACUCGCCAAAACGUGUCGCAAGUUAUUCGAUUCUUGAUCAUGAGCGUGAUUGUCAGUUUUAUUAUCAUCAUCAGUGCCAGACAACGACCUUGGUGUGAUACUAUAGCAAGGAAAGGAAUAAGGAUCCAUCAAUUUUUAUCGUUUGAGUGAAAAAAUUGUGUGACUUUGUGGUGAAAGGAAGUCGAGUGUUUGUGUCCGUCUCAGUUUUCAAGUAACCCUAUCUUAUGGAUAAUUUGAAGAAUGAUUUGAUUGUAAAAAUUUGUGGGUGAUGUUACAUGAUCGUUGAAUUACACACUGGGAGGAAGAGCAAAAUGCAGACAUUCAGCAAUCUUGCAUUUGGAAAUGUCUUCAAGAAAAAGAAUAACAAAGCCGCAGGCGGUUUACCGGGUGGCAGUACGCCUCCACCCCCAACUCUCAUCAAUAAGAUCAAAUAUCAACCUGGUGGACCUGUCAUUAAAAAGGACAAGCGUCAAAGCAGCUCAAGGUUCAAUAUAUCGAAGAAUCGUGAAUUACAGAAAUUGGCUCCUUUAGCUGAGGCUCAGCAGCCUAGCGAAAGGGAAGAACUCUUCAUACAAAAGCUCCGACAGUGUUGUAUACUGUUUGACUUUGAGUCUGAUCCACUGUCCGAUUUAAAAUGGAAGGAAGUCAAGCGUGGUGCUUUGUUGGAGAUGGUAGAGUACGUUACAAAGAACAAGGGUGUUAUCACCGAAUCUAUUUAUCCCGAAGCAGUGAAUAUGUUUGCUGUGAAUUUGUUUCGAACUCUACCACCAUCUUCAAAUCCAAACGGCGCAGAAUUCGAUCCCGAGGAGGAUGAGCCCACCCUGGAAGCAGCUUGGCCUCACCUGCAACUCGUUUACGAGUUCUUCCUGCGUUUACUGGAGUCCCAAGACUUUCAGUCAUCUAUUGCCAAACGUUUCAUCGAUCACAAAUUUGUUCUGCAAUUGUUAGAGCUCUUUGAUUCUGAGGAUCCGCGAGAGAGAGAUUUUUUGAAGACAACUUUACACAGAAUUUAUGGAAAAUUUUUAGGUCUCAGGGCGUACAUUAGAAAACAAAUAAAUAAUGUGUUCUAUCGAUUUAUUUAUGAAACUGAGCAUCAUAAUGGAAUUGCUGAACUCUUGGAGAUUCUCGGAAGUAUUAUCAAUGGAUUUGCCCUGCCUCUAAAAGAGGAGCAUAAAAUAUUUUUACUGAAAGUGCUAUUGCCGCUUCACAAAGCUAAAUCGCUGUCUGUAUAUCAUCCUCAACUUGCAUACUGCGUUGUUCAGUUUCUCGAAAAGGAUCCAAAUUUAACAGAACAAGUUAUCAAGAAUCUAUUGAAAUAUUGGCCAAAAACACAUUCACCAAAGGAGGUAAUGUUUCUUAAUGAACUCGAAGAGAUACUCGAUGUUAUCGAACCAGCGGAGUUUCAAAAAGUAAUGGAUCCACUCUUCAGGCAAUUGGCCAAAUGUGUUUCCUCUCCUCAUUUUCAGGUUGCCGAGAGAACACUCUAUUACUGGAACAAUGAGUACAUAAUGUCCCUGAUAUCGGACAAUUACUCCUUCAUCCUCCCAAUAAUGUAUCCUGCAUUAUACAAAAAUUCACGCAAUCAUUGGAACAAAACGAUUCAUGGAUUAAUAUAUAAUGCAUUGAAACGUCUUAUGGAGAUGAAUCAAAAAGUAUUCGAUGAGUGCACGCAACAGUACACUCAAGAUCAACAGAAAGAGAAACGAAUGAUGAAAAAUCGUGAUGAUGCAUGGAGCAGAGUUGAAUCGCUCGCAAUGAGACAUCCCAAUUAUAGUGCACUGAUCCAGGGCCCGCGGAACAUUGUUAAUCAUCAACUAGACAGUCCACCAUUGGAUGACGAUGCUGACAUUGAUGCCAUUCCAUUAACGUUGGAAAAAAUUGAAGCAAAAGCCAAUGAGGCCAAGAAGAUGACAAAUACAAAUAAAGUGAAGCCUCUGCUGCGAAGAAAGAGUGAAUUACCACAAGACUCCUACACAAUGCGUGCAUUAUCAGAUCAUAAGCGUGCAGAUGAAUUUCUCGUGACCCCACCAGAUCCGAACAACUGCUAGUCCCUGCCAAAUUCACACUUGAUCAAUCCCCUUUUUUGUAACGAAAAUCCCAGAUCUAAUCCUUGUAUUGGUUUUUUAUCGCAGACACAAUUGUUGAUACAAUCACCUUAAAAAAAUGUGAGAGAAAAACAAUAUCGUUGGUAGAGAUACAUCAAAAGACAACGUUCAAAUAAACACAUGCCCAAUUUGUCAAGUCUAAGGACAAGGCUAAGGCACUGCAAGAGGUUA